GGAAGACCAGGCGCGGAAGUGAUCAUGAGCAAAAGGAUCAAGUACGCCAAGUUAAGGCUAACUAAGCCGAAGGAUGCUCCGGCACAGACCAGCUCACACGCCGUCGACGAGGGAGCUGCCGCGCCAAUCGAUGAGGGCGAGAACAGCUUGAAAGGCGAAAAAACUUCCAAAUAUUUCUCAGACGGAUUGGUCGAAGAAUGUUCCAACCAGGCGGCGUUCGUUGAUGUAGAGGUCGCAGAAACGAGCGCAGAACUGGGGAAGUGCGACAUUCAAAAUUCGCGCCGAAGAAGCAUGGAAGUGUCCGAACCAUGCCCUACCGAUGGACCAAAACUUCCCAAGCUGCGAAAGAAGGCCACGGCCAAAGGGAACACGUUGAUAAGCAAUUUUCUAAACAGUCAACCCAUCGCACAAGAUGACGAUUUUGAAGAAUCGCGUCCUGCUCCGAAGAAACCGAAAACAAAAGUACAGCGUGCGAGCAAGAAAGCUACGACCAACCGGCGACCUAAGAAUCAAUCAGAUAUCAGAAAAGUGUUUAGUAAAUACAAAAAUGAUCACGAAGUGCUACAAGAAUUGCUAAAAGAGCAUGGUGAAUCGGAACGGAUUGAUCCAGAGCAGUUACAGCUGGCAAUAGCCAUGUCACGAUCGCUGGCUGAAAGUGAUGGAACAAGUAAUGCUUGUACGGAUAAUCUAUCGGAACAAUCUGCGAGCGAUUCGCUUUCAUCGACCGAACGACGAAUAGUGGGCAUUCGGACCACUUUGGAACAGUUUGGGUUUCGGUGUAAAAAUAGCUACACAGAUUAUGAUUUGAAUGUGAUUUUCGGGAGUGCGGUUUGUAAGAAUGUAAAGAAGAUUAAACACAGGCGUGCAACCAAUCUCGUUCAGCGAUCCGCUAAGGAUUUGACUGAGUACAUCGAAGCACGGGUGAAGAAAUUAUUUCCGGCUGAAAUGUUAACGAUACAGAACCAUUCUGAAGCUUGCACUAGCUCUAGGUCAUGCUUAAGCCACUUGUUUUGGAUUGCCCAGACGGAUCAAACCAGUGUGAAAAUUAUAGAGAGAUAUUAUGUUCCAGAAUUGUUAGAGAUGAAUCCAGCACCCGUCGGUUGUAUGCUGAAGGAUUGGAGUAAAAUUCCUGGGAGAGAACCAACACCGGAGAGGGCGUAUUCAAACAAUUUUGAAUCGAAUUCUCCCGAAAUUCAUCACAAGGAGGAGCCCCAGAGAGAGUCUUCUCCGGAUUUGUUCGAAGAAUGUACUGAAGCACAUGAAAAUGCAGUCACUGCUGAAACAGCGGACAAUUGUGAACCACGCGCAAGACUCUCCAUCAGCGAUGAUCAUGCCGAGGAACAGUCAUGUAUACAGAAUGAUGAACAAGUUUGUAAUUUAAACAAAAGCAAUACCCUAGAAGGCACUAGCCAAUCCCAUGAAAUAAGUUGCAGGCAAAAUCAGAUUGAUAAUUACAGCAGUCGUGCGGAACGACCAAUUAGUAUCCUCACGCAAUGUACGGUCCUCUCAAUCGGUGAUGAUUCAAAUGAAGACGAUAAAUUUGUCACCGCAUCGGAAGAACCUCGAUGUGAUGGAGGCAGUUUUCAUCGUAGCACAGAUAACAUAUUUGAAGAUACGGAUCUAGAUCCUACCGUAGAUCCAGAUCCAAUCAUAAGCUUCGAGGUGUAUUCCAGCGAAGAAGAGAAGAUUUCUGCAGCUUCAAAAGUUCCAGCUGAGUUGGCUUCCCAGAGCGGUUGUCCCGAUGCAGUAGCCGAAUCCUCAACGCAACCACCACAGGAUUUGAUUAUUAUUCCCAACGAUCCAAGCUACCGCCGCUCGCAGAAUGGCCUAGCUUGUGAAGACAUAGAAACAUCAAACAGUGCCCCACCUGUCGCUAAAGAACUGCUAGCAGUAGAGAAAGAAUUCUCCUUCCAUCGGAUUGCAAUCAAAGCUCGACUGAGUGAGGCUUUAGAAGGAAAGAAAGAUAUGAUUGAAACGGUAAAUCUUUUAGAAGAGGAAGAGGCUGAAUACCCUGCUGAGUCGCAGUGCAGUAUAGUGCAGCACGAAAUGCAAGAUGAGGUUCUGGUAAUCUCUGAUGAUGAAGUGAACUAUUCGAUGCGAAGAUUAUCAUGCACAUCAACAGACGAAGGCCCGUUACAAGAAGCUGCGCACCAUUUAGAAGAAGAUCCAGAACGUACCAUAGUAUACCAUCAUGAUGCACCGGUUAUAAACCAGGUUCCCGCGGUCGACGGGCCGGUCAAUCCCUGUGAAAACAUUCUCUCUCCUUCUGCCGAUGAUAUCUUAGAUGAAUCAGAAGUUCUGUCAAGAGAAACAAAUGGGACCGUUUCCGAAAACGUCGCCGAAGAUACUAUAGCUUAUUUAGAUAACUUGGUGAAACAGUUCAACCUGCCACCGUUAAAACGACAGAAUGAAGAACUCAAUGAGGACUCUGGCGCGUUACGAGAACAUCAUGCCGACAUUAGCUGCUUGUCUGAAAACCCCAUUAUCCAUUCAACCAACGAUCGCCACAACACUGCUAAAGCAACAACUGAUAGUAGUUUAUGUUCUGCUGUUAUAGCGGAUAGUUUGUCAAACUUUAUGCAAAACUACGAAGAACCGCUGUUUGAAGAGCACGAAAUUGAAGCCGAAACGAUGGCGUCACAAAGCUGCUCUCAGGAAGUACCAAGAAUUGCUGGUAAAAACAGUGUAAAAAGGCUUAAAUCGUUUCACCAGUUUGAUUCGCCAAAGGAAGGUAGUCGAUUAAAACGAACAGUAUCUGAAUCAGGAGGGUUUUCCUCUUCAACACCGAAUGAAAAAGAACAGUUGGCAAAAAUGCAUCGCUUUAGAGAAAGGUUUGAUAACUUAAAAGUAUCAAGCAGAUUGCCGUUUCAAAAGACUGAAUACGUUAUCAAAACCGUCGGUACUGUAGAGGAUCCUCCUAACUACGAUGCUAUGUCAGUAACUGAGAUUGAACGCGAACUUUUUAAAUAUGGUCUGAAGCUACUGGAUCGUGAGAAAGCCGUAAAGGUGCUUCAUCAUAUUUAUGAUGAAAUCCAUCCAUUCGUGAGAGUUGCCGAGAGGCUAGAUUCUGCCAUCGGCCCUGUCCUGUGUGAAGAAUCAGGUAGAAACCGAGAUCACCAUGAUCGGGAAAAUAUUCCGGUAAAUGCUGCUGCCAACAUUAAUGAAGGCUCGUUGCAUCCAGGAAUAUGCCCUUUCACAUUGAACAUCGAUGAACCAAACACUAUUUUGUCAUCUAAACCUCGGAAGAAGAUGGGUUGGUGUACCGUGCCUUUACAUGUGGCCUUUUUCAACAUGAUAUCGGAGAACCGGAUUUUACAGCGACAAAUUUUGCGAUAUGAACCGGUGAACUUGGAUCACAUUCAUGCAGCAUUGAAACAAGCGGAUUUGCGCUACGAAACAAAUGAUCUGAUUGCUUUUUUGGAUAAACAUUGUAUAACAUUUCGGAGCGCGGCUUCCAAUGGCGAUCGUUCGAAAGGAAAAGGUCCAAAGGUCGGAGGCACAUAGCGAAACAAAUACGGCUCAGAUUCAAGAUUGAAAUAAAAUGCAA